AUGCAUGACAACUUCAAUCCAGAGAACUAGUUAGAUGCUCUAGUUCUCUCCGGAGAUUUUGUAAUGCAUGGUUUAGCUUCUAGAACUCCAGGAGUUACUAACUGGGAUAUGAUGAAGUCAACAAUCGAAUAAGUAAUUGAAUAAUUUAAGACAAAAUUCACAGAAGCUAUCAUCUUGCCAUGCAUAGGAAAUAAUGAUGUUGUCGAGCACUAUUCAGCGCCUAAAAUAGAUUUUAAAGACCAAUAUUACGGAGAUCUAUUUUAUAUAUGGUUUUCAAAUGUAACUAAAAACUCAUAGUAUGCAAAACUCUCUGAAAUUGAGACUACUUUCAAGAAAGGAGGAUAUUACAGAUAUGAAUUAACUGAUAGCAUCAGCUUUAUUGCUCUUAAUACCAUUUAUUUCAGUAUCAGAAAUGACAUAGACUUAUAAACUGGAGACGAGUAGCUGUUAUGGCUUUCAAAUUAACUAGCUGGAGCCAGUUCAGAUCAUAAGUUUAUCAUUCAAAUGCAUAUAUUCCCAGGACUUUUCUUCUUCAAUGGAGUAGAAUAAUUCAUGAGAACCAACUAUACUACUUAACUAUUGUAGAUCUUUUACUAAAACUAGGAGAAGAUCCAAUUUUUAUUUGGAGCUCACAUCCAUUGGGCAGAUAUUAGAGCCCCUCUCUCUUCUGAAUUCCCAAAUCUAGAACUUAAAAUGAUCAUAACACCAAGCGGAAGUCCAAUCUUUAAUAAUAAUCCUGGCUAUACAUAUAUUGAAAUGCAUGGCAGCACUGGAAAAAUUAGCGAUCUCAAGUGGAGAUACUUCUAGCUUUACUCAUAUAUCUUCAUGAAAUUAAAAAGUUUUGCUGAAGUUGAUCCAUAGUCUUUAUUAUCAAUAGACAUUAAUGAUGUCAGCUCGAUUAGAGAAUCAGUUCAAAGAUUAUAAGGAGAUAGCAAUCUCUUUGGAGAAGUCAUGGCUGCUAAGGUAGGGUACAGUUGGAUAUUUUAAUAGUUAUCAGGGCUAUUCUUCCCACUAGGAAAGAUGAUCGUCUUGAAAGACUUAUAGCAAAAUAUCGUAUGUGCCCUUAAGUAUUUCGAAAUAGAACAAUACAACUCUUGCAAAAUUUGA